AAGCAGAAUCUGCAGGUUAGGUCUCUCAGCUCUGUGAGCCUUUCUUCACUUUUCCUUUUAUACUACAUUUCCCAGAAAGCACCACAGCACCAUGUCCUCUGGGCAACCCAGCGUCAGAAGAAUGCUGGAAAAUGCGGCAGAGUGGCUCCACUCAUGUUGUCCUUGGCCGCCCACUCGCUCGGUGUCAGGGCCACCGGUUACCAAAGAAGCCUGCGCUCCAUAGCAACCGUCAUCUCUGGAAACAAAACGUCCAAAAUGGUGAGGGAGAGACUGAAAAAGGAGGUGGAGAAGAUGACGAAUCAGUUCUCCGGGUUCAGACCGGGCCUGGUGGUUCUGCAGGUGGGAGACAGAGACGACUCUAACCUGUACAUCAGCACCAAACUGAAGGCUGCAGCUGAGAUUGGAAUUGAAGCCAAACACAUCCGGCUGCCGAACACAACCACGCAGGACGAGGUGCUGCACAGCAUCAUAUCUGUGAACGAGAACGUGUGCGUACACGGUCUAAUCGUGCAGCUGCCACUGGACUCCACCAACCGCAUCGACACCGAGCUCAUCACCAACACCGUGUCCCCGCAAAAAGACGUAGACGGGCUGAGCUGCAUUAAUGCAGGUAAACUGUCUCGAGGAGAUCUGAACGACUGCUUCAUCCCAUGCACCCCCAACGGCUGCAUGGAGCUCAUCAGACAGACAGGCAUGUCUGUGGCGGGGAAGCACGCUGUGGUUAUUGGUCGCAGUAAAAUCGUUGGCGCUCCGAUGCACGACCUGCUGCUGUGGAACCACGCCACUGUGACCACCUGCCACUCAAAGACACCUGACCUACCUGAGCAGGUGGGCAGGGCUGAUAUCCUAGUGGUGGGGGCUGGCAGAGCAGAGAUGGUGAGAGGAGAGUGGGUGAAGGAGGGUGCCGUGGUCAUCGACUGUGGAAUUAACCAUGUCCCCGAUGAGACAAAGCCCAGUGGUAAGCGAGUGGUUGGAGACGUUCACUACUCCUCCGCCAGUCAGAGAGCAGGAUACAUCACACCUGUUCCAGGAGGGGUGGGGCCAAUGACGGUGGCCAUGCUCAUGGAGAAUACGGUGCAAAGUGCUCAGCGCUUCCUCCUGAAGUUGAGGAGGUGAAACAUCGACACUGACGGGCAGACAGGUGUGGACAGGUGAACAGCUCAUACACAGAGAUGACAUCGUCAUAAUGAAAGCAGAAACACUUCCUGUUUCAGAGGCUGAACUCGUCCGUAUUUUUUCUUUUGUCUUAAUUUUUUUCUGUAAUGUGUUUCCUGAUCUGAGAGAUUUCUAACAUCUGUCAAAGCUUUACUGUGACUCCAGCAGGAUCUCAGAGUUCAGACGCACUGAGCUCGAUGAAGCCGUGGAUGCUGCGCUCUCCUGCAGUAUUAAAGCAGGUGUAAGGACAUGCCUAGCAUUUAUUUAUUUUCAUCCUUUUGUCACUUUGAUUUUUAAAUAGUAAAAAUCUUUUACCUUAUAUAAAAAAUCUCUGACAGUAACAGUUUCUGUACUUUCAGUUUAAAAGAAGUGAUGGAUAAGAACUUUGUGGGGCUUUCAUUGUGAAAAGCUGCAGCUUUGACUCAAUUAGGCUUCAUAUGAACAUUCUUGAACGCAAUGUGUUACCUUCACAUGUUCACCUUCAAAAUCAUCAGCAGUUCUGUUUACUCAGGGAUCAGAGGUUGUUGUCAUGGAAACA